GAGAUUCCGAGUUCUCGGUACUUUUCAGGGAUGAGUCAUGAGGGGGCGGAAAAUGCGCAAGGGCUGGACCAGCAGUUUGCUGGCCUAGCCCUGAACUCUUCCGAGAAUCAGAGUGGAGGAAGGCCAGCCAGCAAAGGUCUCUAUGUCCCUCCUCACUUAAGGAACCGAGAGGCUCCUAAAGGCUUCUCUGAUCAAGACAGUUCAGGGUGGAGCUCCAGGAAAGAAAAGGAUGCCUACAGCAGUUUUGGAUCUCGUGGUGAUUCCAGGGGCAAGUCGAGCUUCUUCAGUGAUGGAGCAAGUGGAUCACGGGGAAGGUUUGAUGACCGUGGGAGGAGUGAAUACGAUGGUGGCCGCAGGGGUGACAGAAGUGGCUUUGGCAAACUGGACCGUGGUGGGACUAGCCGCUGGUGUGACGAUUUAGAUGAAGAUGAUUGGUCAAGGCCGCUCCCUCCAAGUGAACGCUUGGAGCAGGAGCUCUUUUCUGGAGGCAACACUGGGAUUAACUUUGAGAAGUAUGAUGACAUUCCAGUGGAGGCAACAGGAAACAACUGUCCUCCACACAUUGAAAGUUUUAGUGAUGUUGAGAUGGGAGAGAUUAUUAUGGGAAAUAUUGAGCUGACCCGUUACACUCGCCCAACUCCAGUGCAAAAACAUGCUAUUCCUAUUAUCAAAGAGAAGAGGGACUUGAUGGCAUGUGCCCAAACAGGAUCUGGAAAAACUGCAGCUUUUCUCUUGCCUAUUUUGAGUCAGAUGUAUGCAGACGGUCCCGGCGAGGCUCUGAGGGCCAUGAAGGCGAAUGGAAGGUACGGACGUCGCAAACAAUUUCCCAUUUCUUUGGUACUGGCACCGACUCGAGAAUUGGCAGUACAGAUCUAUGAGGAAGCCAGAAAAUUUUCAUAUCGCUCCAGAGUUCGUCCUUGUGUGGUUUAUGGCGGUGCGGAUAUUGGCCAGCAGAUUCGAGAUUUAGAACGUGGAUGCCACUUGUUGGUAGCCACCCCAGGACGUCUGAUGGACAUGAUGGAAAGAGGGAAGAUUGGAUUAGACUUCUGCAAAUACUUGGUGUUGGAUGAAGCUGAUCGGAUGUUGGAUAUGGGGUUUGAACCUCAGAUACGCAGAAUAGUUGAACAGGAUACGAUGCCACCAAAAGGAGUCCGUCACACCAUGAUGUUUAGUGCUACUUUCCCCAAGGAAAUACAGAUGCUUGCUCGUGAUUUCUUGGAUGAAUACAUCUUUUUGGCUGUCGGAAGAGUUGGCUCUACCUCUGAGAACAUUACGCAGAAAGUGGUUUGGGUGGAAGAUGUAGACAAGCGGUCAUUUCUUCUUGACCUUCUAAUUGCAACUGGCAAAGAGUCACUGACGUUAGUGUUUGUGGAGACCAAAAAGGGUGCAGAUUCUCUGGAGGACUUCUUGUACCAUGAAGGAUUUGCUUGUACCAGUAUCCAUGGAGACAGAUCUCAGAGAGAUCGAGAAGAGGCCCUUCACCAGUUCCGUUCAGGAAAAAGUCCAAUCUUGGUGGCUACAGCAGUAGCAGCAAGAGGACUGGACAUACCAAAUGUGAAACAUGUUAUCAAUUUUGACUUACCAAGUGAUAUUGAAGAAUAUGUGCAUCGUAUAGGCCGUACAGGACGUGUGGGAAACCUUGGCCUUGCCACCUCAUUCUUUAAUGAAAGAAAUGGAAAUAUUACCAAGGAUUUGCUGGAUCUUCUCGUUGAAGCCAAGCAGGAUGUGCCAUCUUGGUUAGAAAGCAUGGCUUAUGAACACCGCUACAAGGGAGGCAGUCGUGGGAGAUCCAAGAGUAGUCGAUUCAGUGGAGGAUUUGGUGCCCGGGACUAUCGACAUAGCAGUGGUGCCAGCAGCUCCAGCUUCAGUAGCAGCCAUGCAAGCAGCAGCCGAAGUGGUGGCGGUAGCCAUGGAGGUAGCAGAGGAUUUGGAGGAGGUGGCUAUGGAGGCGCUUACGGCAGUGAUGGAUACGGAGGGAACUACAACUCCCAGGGGGUUGACUGGUGGGGUAACUGAACCUGCUUUGUAGUAGGUCAUCCUGCCAAAAAAGCUAAUAUGGAAACCACAUGUAACUUAGCCAGACUAUACCUUGUGUAGCUUCAAGAACUCGCAGUACAUUACCAGCUGUGAUUCUCCACUGAAAUUUUUUUUUAAGGGAGCUCAAGGUCACAUGAAAAGAUGAAAGGAACCAUUAGCAGCCCUGUUCAGAAGUGGUUUGAAGACUUCAUUGCUGUAGUUUGGAUUAACUCUCCUCCCUCCAAGCCCCAUCCCAAACUGCAUUUAUAAUUUUGUGACUGAGGAUCAUUUGUUUGUUAAUGUCCUGUGCCUUUAA